UGGGAUACAGGGGCUGGAAUACUGCCAGGGAUGUGGGAUGCAGGAUAAGGUUGGGAUACAGGAGGGGUUGGAAUGCGGGAUGCAGGGUUGGGAUGCAGGCAGGGAUGUGGGAUGCAGGAUCCAGGAGCAGGGAUCCACAGGGAUCCUCAGGGAUCCCCAGGGAUCCCCAGAGACCCCCAGAGAUCCCCAGGGAUCCUCAGGGAUCCACAGGGAGCAGCGCUUUCCCCCUGCUCCCUCUUCCCUCAGCAAUUCCCUUCUCCCUGAGCCCCGGAUCCAGCCUGGAGCAAUCCCAGACUCCCAAAAUCCCUCCCUGGCUGGGAUCCCAACCCUUCCAGGUCUUCCUGGUUUUCCUUCAGCUCCCAGACUCUGGGAAGAUGCCAGGAUUCCUUGGGAAGAGAGGCUGGGAUGCCUGGGGCCUCCUGGGAGAGGAAGAGCCGGAAAUCCACAUCCCUCUCCUUACAAAAAUCCAUGUUUUUAUCCUUUAUUCCCACUUCCAGCGGCUCUCCCUGUCUUCCCAAACCCUUUCCUUCCACCCAUUCCCAAAAUCCCAGGGGAACGCUCCCUGAUUUCCAUCUGGACAAUUCCAUGGAAAAACCUCCCAGAUCCCUCCCAAAAUCCUCUUUUGGGGCUGAAAACUCCGGGAAAAAAUUUUCCCUGGGGAUGGGAAACAACCGGAAUUCCGGCCCAGGAACACCAAGGGAAAAGUCUUGGAUUGGGUCAUCCCACGGCGAUGGAUUUGGGAAUUUUUGACUGCCGAUGUUCCCGUUUUUCACGGAAAAUUCCUCAUGAGGGGGAAAAUGGAGGAGCUGGUGUUGGACACGGGGAUUUGGGGGGAUUUUAUCCCAAAUUUCUGGGAAUUGAGGCAUGGGUGACUCCAAAACUUUGUCCCGGUGUUUUUUCCCGAACAAAAGAGGAUCCUGGGGGGAAUUUGGGUGUUCCUGAUGGGAAUCAGGCUCUCCCUGCAAAACCCCAACCGACUAAAUCCGGGAAUCUCUGCAAUUCCUGGAUUUUCCCUCCCUUCCCUCCCCGCCUCCAAUCCUUUGGGAAAAGCCCCGGUUCCAGAGAUUCUUGGAAUCAAAUCCCAAUUUAUUCAGGGCUGGGUUUGUUCCAAAUCCAUCGCCACGGGAUGAUCCAAUCCAGGACUUUUCCCUUCGGCUGCCGGACCCCAAAGUUUUGCUCUUCCCAUCAAUUUUUCCAUGGAAAAACGCAACAUUCCCAACAUUCCGCUUUUCCAGCAUUCCCACAUUCCUUAGCCACGGAUUGGAGCAUCCCUUUGGAUGGGAGUCACCCCUGGAUGAGGCGGGUGAUGAUUUUUGGGAAGCUGGGAAUCGUUUCCCGAAGAUUCAACAGCUCUGAUGCUUCCUUGGAAAAGAAAACUAAACCAGGAUUCUUAAAAUUCCCCCAUUUCCAGCCCUUUCCCAAUGGGAAUUUUAACCCCUCUCGCCCCGGAGGGAGAAGGAAAAUCGGGAAUAACCCGGAAUGUUGGGAGCGGGAUUUGUUUUCCAAAGGCAAAGCUUCCUUGGCAGCCUCCGGAUUCCGCGGGGAAAUCCCGGGAGCGGCUCCCGGCCCGUCAGGUGGCUCCCAGGACAUGGGAGCAGACAGGGAAGCGCCGGGAAUCGCGGGAUGCGAAUCCCGCCGUGUCCGGAUCGCUCCGAUUUCUCCCGGCUUUUAAUUCCCUGUGAAUCCAGCAGCUGGUGGGAGCUCCCUUGGAAUGCCCCAGGGAAUUCCCGGCCUUGGGAAGGGAGGGAAUGAGCGGAGCCGGUGGGGAACGCUGCUCCUGCUUCAUCCCAACGCAUCCGGCAGCGCGGUUAUUCCCGAUUUUUCCCGCGAGUAAGGAUUUUCCCACGUUCCCUCCCAAAGCUGGAUCCCUUCAUUCCCUAAAAAAAAAAACAAUCCCAGUUUUUGGGCGGAGCUGGAGCCCUCCUGUCCUUCCCAGAUUCCCAAGGGAUUGAUCCAGCCUGGAAAAGCGGGUCCAAGCCUCAUUCCUGGGAGCAGCCGGAAUCCGGCUCUUGGGAGAUCCGGGAAGACGCCCCCAUUCCAAGGGGAAAAGGAUGAGGAGCAAGGAGACGCCAGCAGGAACAUCCGGGCUGGGAUUUUCCCGCUCCUUCCAAGCAAAACCUUCCCUGAGGAAUUUUAAUGGAAAUCCCUGGAUAACAAAGGGAAAUAAAACCCCCGGCAAAUCCCAAAUCCUCCAGAGCCCGCUUGGAAUGCUGCCAGGAGAAGGAGCUCGGGAAAAGGCCACGGAAGGAGCUGCCCCUUCCCAUUCCCAAUGUUUCAGAGGCGUCGUUCCCGAUACAGCUGGCGUGGGAUGCGGGAAAAUUCCUGAAAUCAGCGGGAAAUUCCCGGCUGGGAAAAUCAGGGAUGGCGGAAUUCGGCUGAGCUCAGGGCAGGACGGUAAUCCCAGGAAAAUCCAAGGUUUUCCAGCUCCAAAUCCAUCUGGAAGCGCCUCCUCCCACCUUUUUGCCACCAAACUCCGGGAAUUUUAGGGGAGGCCGAAACUCCACCUGAAAAUCCCAAGCAGAGACUUGGAAAAGGGCGGGAAAUCCAUGGAAUAUUCAGGAAUGACCUUGGAGAGGUUGGCAGACAAAGCCACCUGGAAGACGGGAUCAGUUGGGAAUUCCAACCCCUCUGGAAGAGCUCAGAUCCAUCCGGGAUAUCCAGGAGCAGCAGGACUCGGUGAGCUGGGUAAGAAGCUUUCCCCGCAUCCCAAAGAAUUCCCGGAAUGCACCACCACCACCUGGCCUUGGAAAAUUCCAUGGGAGAAUCCAGGAUCUGUCCGCUCCUCAUCCCACGGGAUCAUUUUUCCAAGAGGUGGGAAGGAGUUGAGGAGAUCCUGGAUUUCCCAGGAUCCAGGAAAAUACCCGGGAGCUCCAAAAAGAUGGAAAAGAGGGGAGGAAAUGGAGGAAGGCACCGUCUGGGGGUGGAAAAUCACCUGGAAUUUCCGACUUCAGAGCUUUUAGGUGGAAAAUCACCUGGAAUUUCCGACUUUGGAGCUUCACCAGAGGACUGGACUCACCUUGGAUCGGUUUUAGCAGGAAUUUCUCCAUCCUGGGAAUGUUCAGCUGUUGGGAAGCUCCAGAGUCGUUAUCUCCACACAAUUUAAUUAAAGCCUGGCGUUAAUGACA